AUGUCGAAGACCAAGGUCUUGCUCGUUGGAGCAGCGGGUGAAACCGGAGGAUCUAUUGCCAACGGAUUGUUGGACACUGGGGAUUUUGAGGUCAUCGCCCUCGUUCGCCCUAUCUCAGCCCAGAAACCAGCCAUCACGCGCCUUCAGGAACGGGGAUGCCAGAUCCGGAAAUGUGACUUGAAGGCCCCGGAGGAGCACCUCAUCGAAGCUUUGGCUGAGAUCGAUGUGGUCAUCAGUUGCGUUGGUCCCGCCGAGCAACAGGAUCAAAUUCCUCUUGCCAAGGCGGCCAAGAAGACCGGCGUGAAGCGAUUUAUUCCCUGUGGUUUUAUCACCGUUUGCCCACCAGGCGGUGUUAUGUGGUUGCGGGACGAGAAAGAGAUCGUCUAUAAUCAGAUCCGCCAGUUGUGGAUUCCUUACACCAUCGUCGAUGUCGGCUGGUGGUACCAGCUGGCCUACCCCCGUCUCCCCUCCGGCCGCGUCGACUAUGCCAUGACGUCUGGCAACGAUGAGAUUAUCGGUGAUGGCAACAUGCCCACAGCUUUGACCGAUUUGCGAGACAUCGGUCGCUACAUGGCCCUGAUCAUCUCCGACCCUCGUACGCUGAACAAGAAGAUCCUCGCCUAUAACCUGGUCUCCUCGCAAAACAAGAUUUACGAGCUGAUGGAGGAACUUAGCGAGGAGAAGAUUGAUCGGAACUACGUGCCCGAGGAAACUAUCUGCAGCAGAGUCGUCGCAGCCCGUCAAGCCAGUGAAACCUAUCCCUUCGAUCCGAUCAAGUUCAUUCCCCGGUAUCUGGCCGAAUAUCAACUCUCCUGGGGAAUCCGCGGGGAUAACAACCCUGAGUACGCCAAGUAUCUCGGCUACCACACCACACAGGAUCUGUACCCCGACUUUAAGCCCACCGAUUUCCGCGAGUAUCUCGAGCAAGUUAUCCGGGGUUCGGCCAAGGGUAUCUACACGGAUCGUGUGAUUUCACGGAAGCAUCAACGGCACUUCCCGCGUACUGAGUCCAGCGACUCACUCUACACGCGCAUAUUCCCCCGCACAGAGUCGAGCGACUCGCUCAUGUCACGAUGA